CCCGCCGCUCACCAACAGCGGUGUCCUCGCAGAGAGGAGCAGUGAACCCUCACACACACACACACUCAGCCUGUCCGCUCCACCGGUCCCAGGCUGGUGCGUCCCGUUACGCACCGUUUCUGCACACUCCAAAAGCGCACUCCGGAUUUCCACCAAAUCCUAAAGACUCAUUGUGGUUGAGAUAGCCACAACUUUCGGUCAGUAUGUUUCACGUGUGCAUGACAGCGGGUUUGUGACAGGAAGACUCCGGGGAGUUAGGACGAGUCUUGGCUCCACACCUCCCCCGCGGGCAAUUUGCGCAAGGUGAUACAGCAGCUAAAGGAUCCUUAACCGCGAGGCUGCAUUACAUGGAUUUCUUCACAUGAUGUCAUCCAUUACUGAAUGAGCUCCUGUCAGUUGUGCUCCUCUUCACUUCCUUCCUAAACUUCAGUCAGUGAAUCUUUGUGAGAGCAGCAGGAUGGGAUCGCAGAGCGGGGCAGCAGCAAGGCACGCGCUCCUGUUGUUCAUUGUAGUGUCUCAGUGUGUGUCGACAUUAGGGUGUGGACCCCACUAUGAAUUCGCCAUUGAGGAGUUCUGCAUGGCCAAAUUCAGACUGGACAUGCAAGAACUGGACCAGGGACACUGGUGCAUCUGGGAGGACACAGUCGAACUCUACGGCGAGCUAACAAACUGCACAUACCUGGUGGCGGAGAAGAUGGACUGCUUCUGGCCCAACAGACUGGUGGAUGAGUUCUUUAUCCGAGUCCACCAACACUACUUCCACGACUGCUCGCUGUCUGGACGGCUUCUCCAGGACCCGCCAAAUCGCAUCCUGGGGCCCUUCAUUGCAGUGCCCAUCCUGGUCACCCUCCUCAUGACGGCCUUGGUGGUGUGGAGGAGCAAGCGCAGUGAGGGGAUUGUGUAGUGAAGGGAAAAGGGGGCCAGGGUAACAGAACUCAAAACAAGAGGUACUUUUUGUCGCUAAGGUUUCGUCAUAUUCAACCCUCAGUGGCCAAAGAGUCUCUUUUUCUUGGUGGAUAUUAUUUUAAUAGGACCUGAAUCACCUCACUAUGGACCUGGAAAUGGAUCCGGUUUAUAUAUUUAAAAUCAGUGACAUUGAUUUCAAUCAUUUCUUUGGAUAACCGAGCGAAGAGAAACCAAACUGUGCUCUUGAAUCUGAUGUGGACCAGGUGUAUAGCGGAAAAAUGUUGUAAAUUUGAAAAAAAAACACUAUUGAAAGACACUGCUUCAAAUAAUCGUGGCUUCGAUGAUGAGGCCAAAACUCACACAAACAACUAUUUUUGGAGACCAAGAAAGUAACUGUUACAUACUACACAACACAGGCUACGAAAUGACAGUUACUCCAACUUCUCUAAAGGAACCCAGGUAUAUCAGAUGUUAUGUGCAAAUAUACAUAUACUGUAAAUAUACACAGUGUGUACAAUAAGGGGCGCAACUGUCAGUGAAUUGUCAGAAUGUCUUUAUAACACAUAGUCAAGAAACCAUAUUACACUAAAUUAAUUUCUAUCGGAUGCAAAUUCUGUGUUUCCAUGUCAUGCAAAGACACCCCAUUUUAACACAUGUGCAUUAUUUGGAAUAUAUCAUCUUUAUCGUGCAGAUGACUUAUAGUCACACAUUCAAGAUACAGUGGGAGAAGAAUCUGUCUGUUUUUAGUUUUAAUUUUUAAUUUCCCCCGCUCAUCAGACCUCAUGCCCUCAAUCUAUAGGCAUACCCAGAGCUUAGUCUCCCUCUGAAUGGAAAACGGAGAUAGGUUUCUGCUGCAUAUUGCAAACUGAUCCAACUGGUGGAAAAAUGCAGGAGAUAAUGAUGUCACAUACUGAGGAUUGGCAGGUGUGUGAUACAGGUGAAAAACAGCAUGGCACCGAGAAGACUGUCACUAGGGUCAAGGCCCCAAUUUGGAGGGACUGUGAUGACAGCUUUCCUCCUCCACAACCAAAAUGAAGAACUGCCAGCAAACACACAGGUAGAUGAAGCUGAAAGCAGAGACUUUGAACGCCAAGGUAAAUAGUGCAGAAGUUUAGGGAAUGCAGACAGUUAAUUAGCCGAAACAUAUCACAGUCUUUCUGAUUUUCCUCCCUCACACACCUCUCCUAUCCGUGUUUGUUACCAUAUACAAAGACACUAUCCGAACGAUUUAAUUUAGGCAGCUAUGUGAAAAUGUUCCAAGAAAGAAAAGAGAACAAACAGUAGGAAAAUCACAAAUCUCACUACAGAGAGAACAGAAAGCGAUGGAUUAGCCAACGCACAUCUCUGCUGAACACUGCCUAAAGCACAGUUUGUGUAUCAUGGACCUUAGGUUUUAUUGAUUUGUGAUCUCUCCGUUUGGAAGAGUGCGCUGCGUGAACUGUUUUCUCAUUGAUAUUUUUGAAUGCUCUCUUUCCUUUAUAUAUUCAUUGACCUGUAACCUGCCUGUCAGCAUAACACUCUAAAGCACACCCACACUUACACAACAUGAUCUUACCUUUUACUUUGUGCCAAAUUCUCUUGGAAACCGGGCAACGUUCGCUUUGAAAUGUCUAAUUUUCUGUUGGAAUGACUUCGAAUUAUUGACAUUUAAUCUAUGAUCAUGACAAAAGUUGAAUAAAACGUCUGAUCACUGUCUGAUACACUUGGGA